CCACAGUAAGUCAGUGUGGCAGCUACUGCCACCACUCCUCUCCCUUUCUUCCUCCUCCCGCCCUACAAAACCAUCACCUCCCCUCCCCUUCCAUUCCAUCUCCACCUCCAUUAAUUCCACCAAGAACCCACUCCACCUUCUCCUAAUCUCCUCUCACUCCAAUGUCAAACCAUAAGCCCAAGCUUCCCAUUCUCUUCUUCUUCCUGCUGCUCCUCUUCCUUCUCGCCAGCCUUGCCGCCUCCCAAGAAUUCACCUACAAAGGCUUCAGAGCCGGCGCCGCCGGCGGCAACCCGAACCUGACCCUGAACGGCGUCACGGAGCCCCAGCCCCACGGCAUCCUGCGCCUCACCAACGAGACGUCCCGGCUCAUCGGCCACGCCUUCUACCCGUCCCCGCUCCGCCUCGUCGACCGAAACGGCACCGCCGUGUCGUUUUCGACGCAGUUUGCGUUCGCCGUCGUGCCGGAGUAUCCGAAGCUGGGCGGGCACGGGUUCGCGUUCGUGGCGGCGCCCGACCCGCGCCUCCGCGGCGCGCUGCCCAGCCAGUACCUGGGCCUGCUCAGCGCCGCCGACGUCGGCAACGCCACCAACCACGUCUUCGCCGUCGAGUUCGACACCGUGCAGGACUUCGAGUUCGGGGACAUCAACGAUAACCACGUCGGGGUCGACCUCAACAGCCUCGUCUCCAACGCCUCCGCCUCAGCGGCGCCCGUCAACCUCAAGUCCGGGGACACCGUGCUCGCCUGGGUCGACUACGACGGCGCUGCGAGGCGGCUGAAUGUGUCCAUUGCGACCGGCUCGUCGGAGAAGCCGGCGGCGCCGCUCAUAUCGUUCCGCGUCGACCUGUCCGCAGUCUUCCGGGAGCAGAUGUACGUCGGCUUCUCGGCGUCCACGGGGCUCCUUGCGAGCUCGCACUACCUCAUGGGCUGGAGCUUCCGGCUCGGCGGCGGUGCCGCGCCAAAGCUGGAUCUUUCGUCCCUGCCGUCGCUGCCGCGACCCAAGGAUGGCAAGAAUCGGACGUCGCUGAUUCUGGCCGCGGCGUUUUCGGCGUUUGUGGCGCUGGUGCUGCUCGCCGGCGCCGGCGCCUACGCCGCAUACCGUUACAAGAACCGCGACGUGAUCGAGCCGUGGGAGCUGGACUACGGCCCGCACCGGUUCAAGUACGCCGAGCUCCGUCGCGCGACGCGCGGGUUUCGCGAGCGCGAGCUCCUCGGCUCCGGCGGGUUCGGCAAGGUGUACCGCGGCGUGCUCCCGGGAUCCGGCGAGACCGUCGCCGUGAAGCGCGUCUCGCACGAGUCCCGGCAGGGCCUCCGCGAGUUCGUCGCCGAGAUCGCGUCCAUCGGCCGGCUCCGACACCGCAACCUGGUCCAGCUCCAGGGCUGGUGCCGCCGCCGCGGCGACCUCCUCCUGGUCUACGACUACAUGCCCAACGGCAGCCUCGACCGGCACCUCUUCGGCGGCGACCACCUCAAGGCGUCGCGGCUGACGUGGCCGGCGCGGCACCGCAUCCUCUGCGACGUGGCGUCGGCGCUGCUGUACCUGCACGAGGGGUGGGAGCACGUCGUCCUGCACCGCGACGUGAAGGCCAGCAACGUGCUCCUCGACGCUGACAUGUCGGCCCGGCUCGGCGACUUUGGGCUUGCCAAGCUCCACGAGCGCGGCACCAACCCGAGCACGACGCGCGUAGUGGGCACACUGGGGUACCUGGCGCCGGAGCUGACGCGGACGGGGAAAGCGACGGCGGCGGCGGACGUGUUCGCGUUCGGGGCUCUGGUGCUGGAGGUGGUGGCCGGGCGGCGGCCCAUCGAGCCCCGCGCGCCGCCCGAGGAGCUGGUGCUGGCCGAGUGGGCGUGGGAGCGAUACGUGGCGGGGGAGGUGGAUAAGGUGUUGGACGAGCGGCUCGGCGGCGCGUACGACGCCGCGGAGGUGGCCGCGACCGUGAAGGUGGGGCUCUGGUGCUCGCACCCGUCACCGGCCGCGCGGCCGACGAUGCGGGAGGUGGCGAGGUACCUGGAAGGCGGGGAGGCUGGCGAGGUGCCGGAGCCCCCGCCUCCGCCGCCACACCCGCCGGCGUACUCCGGCGAAGUGGGGUUCGACGACUUCGUGCACUCGUACCCGUCGUCGUCGUUCGAGCGGGCGGCCGCGGCGGGCGCGGGAUGGGACGGCGGGACCCAGACGUCGGUGGCCACGUUCCCGUACUCGCCGCUUUCCAUGCGAUCGUGCCACGUUAGCGUAUAAUGUCUCGACCACCUGGGCCCGCUUGCCAGCCAGUGGCUUCUUCACCCGAAGUGGGACCCACGAGUCUGUUUAUACCUGUGCUGUAUAAUGGGGCUGAAGCCUUCCAAAAUAUUAUCAUCGCCAAAGUCAGGGCUAAAUUAAAAUUAGGGCAAAAAAGUGAUGUUUAGUUUGUAAUAAGUUAAAAUAAGUAGUGUGAAAAGAAAAUAUUUGGUUGUAGUCAUACCAGAAUUUAUUAAAAUUGUGAGUAUGCUA